AAUUUGAGUCUGCAAAUAAUUUUUGAUUGCUACGUCAUUUUGAACUUGCUAAAUCAGCUUUCAAAUGGAGACAGACAUGACAGCACUGAUUACUUGAAGACGGGGAAGAAGUGACUGGAAACAUGCUGUUCGACUUAAUCAGGGAGUAUAACUAUCCAACUCCCUACGCUGCUUCACCUCUCUUGCCAUUCAUAUUACUGGCAAUGGCUGGACAAAAGCACAGUCCAAAAACAACAACGAACAUAAAAGAAGAAUACGAUUACAUUGUAGUCGGUUCUGGCUCAGCAGGAUCUGUGGUUGCAAGUCGUCUUUCUGAAAGAAACUGCGUAUCCAUUUUGCUUCUUGAAGCCGGCAAAUCUCCUCCACGGCUUUCAGAUUUGCCAGUAAUAAACCAUUAUUUAAUCAAAACAGAUCUUGAUUGGAACUUCUACACCACUCCCCAAGUUUAUGCUGGAAGAGGAUUAAUCAAUCAAACACUCUCGUUGUCGGCUGGAAAAGCUAUAGGAGGCACAUCCAUUAUAAAUGGCUUGCAAAGUGCCCGAGGCAAUAGAAAAGAUUACAAUGACUGGGCAGCCCAAGGCGCUAUUGGUUGGAGUUACGAAGAAGUAUUGCCUUAUUUUAAGAAGUUAGAAAAUAAUACUGAUCCUGAAUUUGUGAAAAAUGGUUAUCAUGGUACCGAUGGUCCUGUAACAAUGUCCAAGCCUAUGUAUGACUCAGAAUUGAAGUUUGCCGUAAUUGAAGCGGCCAAACAAAUGGGUUACGAUUUCUUAGACUCCAAUGGACCAAAACAAAAAGGUUUUUAUGAUUUGCAAGCUACGAUAAGAAAUGGACAAAGAUGCAGUGCAGCAAAAGCAUAUCUGGUGCCAAAUGAUUAUAAAGAGAACCUUGAUAUAGUUGAAAAUGCAUUUGUCAAAAAAGUUAUAAUUGAAGAUGGGCAAGCUAGAGGUGUAGAAUUCGAUUUUACUGGAAGCUCUUGGAAAGUGAUGGCUAGAAAAGAAGUAAUUCUGUCUGCUGGAACAAUUAAUUCGGCAAAACUUCUCAUGCUUUCCGGAAUCGGUCCAAAAGAAGAAUUGCAAAAGCAUAACAUAUCUGUUGUGGCAGAUCUUCCAGUAGGUAGAAAUCUACAGGAGCAUUUUGGAUCCAUGCUGAAUUUUGAGCUGAGUGACAAAAUCGAGCCAUUUUCGCAGAAAUUAAGAAAGGAAUCUAACAUACUAGAAUAUUUAAAUUUAAAGACUGGUAUUCUGACAUCUGUUUAUGGAGUAACCAAUAUAGCUUUUCUGAAUACUCUUGAUGCUAAAGAUCCCAAUGAUCUUCCUGAAUUUGAACUUUAUUUUGGAGAGGGAGCCCCUGAAAUUGUUAAAUAUAAACUUAUGAUCAGCAAACAGUACCAUAAGGCUAUAUAUGGACCGUAUGUAGAUAAGCCUUUCUACUGGUGUUUAGCACAGGUUUUGCAUCCGAAAAGCAGAGGAUACGUAACUCUACGCUCCAAUGAUCCUUAUGACCCUCCCAUUGUGAACCCCAACUAUUUCUCUCAUCCAUAUGACUUGGAUAUCAUAGUCGCAGGUAUGAAGAAAUGUAAAGAAAUUGGUACCAGUGACCCAUUAGUGAAAAUCGGUUCCAAGCUCUUCUCCUCUAUUUUUCCUGGAUGCGAAGAUUUCGUAGGCGAUGAUGAUAAAUAUUUCCGCUGUAUGGCAAAAAGUAUUUUAAUAACAUCCAGCCAUCCCGUCGGUACUGUGAAAAUGGGCGAUCCUAAGGACCCAUCAACAGUUCUAGAUCCUCGACUUCGAGUAAAAUCUAUUCGUAAUCUACGAGUAGUAGAUGCAUCUGUCAUGCCGAAAUCGCCAAGUGGAAACACUCAUGUCCCAACUAUGAUGAUUGGUGAGAAAGCAUCUGACAUGAUUAAAGAAUCUAUUCACUGCGAUUCAGAUAAUAAAUUGCGCAUAUGAUCGAACAAUUUUUAACCCAUUUGUAUCCCAACUAAUUCGAUCAUCAUACAACUCUUGUAAAUAACUUUAUCAAUAAAUAUUAGAUUAUUUAUGAUUGUUAUCUUACUUGAGUAAAAUGCCUUCAUAGAUAUUACACAUUUGAAUUUAUUAAUUGCUCAUUCAAUUUAGAAAAAAAUAUUACAAGUAGAUGGACAAGUAAGAAAUAUUCAUUGAAAAUCCACCCUAUGAUACUGUUUGUAAGUUAUCUGUAAAAAAAAAAUUAAUUCUUUGCAACCAAUGAUUAAUUACAAGUCUGGAUUGAGAUGAAUAAUAUUUCUUUUUGAAUUAUGCUAGAUAGAAUUUUUUAAAUUCAUUAUUUUAUUUUCCACAGAU